UAUCACAGUUCACGAAGUACAAGAAUCUAACACGCUUCGAGAAGUUAGAGCAGCGAAUGGUGGUGCUUGGAGUGGAACUAUGGUAAACAAAGCAUUUGAAGGUUUUUUAAGUGAUAUUGUGGGUGAAAUAGCAUUAAAGUCUUUUAUGAAUGAUAAAACAGAAGAUUGGCUUUACAUGUCACAGCAAUUUGAAGCAAAGAAGAGAGCUAUUGAAAUCAAAUCACCGAGGUACAUCACCUUGCGUUUACCUGUGGCUCUGAUUGAAUUAUGUGAAAAGUACAAUGGAAUGCAGUUUCAGGAUGCGGUUGCCGCUUCAAAGUAUGCUGAAAUAGUUGAGAUGGAUCGUGAAAAACUCAAACUCUCAAAAGUUGUGUUUUUCUUUAUGUUUGAGCAAACGUUACAAAAAACUGUAGAUCAUGUAAAGUUUCUAUUUAAAGACACAAGUAUCCGAGAUAUUGAUAUCAUCCUUAUGGUUGGCGGAUUUUCAGAAUCUCCAUUACUGCAGCAAGCAUUAAAAGAAGCUUUUCCAAAUAAAGAACUAGUCGUUCCAUCAAACUCCUCGUCUUGUGUACUUCGGGGCGCUUUAAUGUAUGGCCAUAGUCCUUUGACGAUAAGCGAGAGAAUUCUCAAGUAUACUUACGGCGUUGCAUGUCUUGCUGAAUUUAGAGAAGGUUAUCACCCAGAAAGGAAGAAAAUAAGAACAGAUGAUAGGAUAUACUGUGAAGAUGUAUUUGGAAUUUAUGUGACAAAAAACACAAGGGUAAAACCAGGCAAAACUCAAGUAACAAGACGUGGUAGGAGUAUUUCAAGAUAUCAAUGUGAAACGCGCUUUAGAUGUUUCAUAUCUGAAAGCACACAUCCACAGUAUGUUGACGAAGUCGGCUGCUUUCACAUUGGACAAUUAUCUAUACAAUUUGACCAACCUGACAGCAAUGUAGGACGAGAAGUAGCUUCCUCUAUGUCAUUUGGAGGAACGGUAAUAACCAUUGAAGCAGAAGACCAAAAAACAGGAGAUAAAACCAGGGCAGUUCUAGAUUUUCUAGGAUAAUAACUGAGAUUGAUUCAUUAUAAUUUGCAAGGAUGUUACUAAGUUACUAAUGGUACUUAAAAUAGACCUAAGUCCCAGGUUCCAAAAAUUACAAAAGUGAUAUAAAUUCAAAUGAUAAAUGAACACAUAUAUUUUGGUACAUGUACUUACAAUUUGUUCAGGGUAUUGUUUGCAUGCCCUUUACUUGCAAAAAGAAGUUAAGAUAAUGUAUUUCAAAAAGUUUUACAACUAACUCGCCAUUAUUUACUUAAACCAACCACACAGUUCUGUAACACUGACUCUUUUUGACUUGUGUUAUCCAUGAUAGUUACUCGUGAGCCUUUUUAUAUAACAUUAAAAUUCCAUUUGUAUAAUAAACAUAUUGAUAAACCUUUGAGUGA